GAUGCACCCCCACUUAUUCGAACUCGGUUAUUUCAAACUCUCCGUUAUUUCGAACUCAAAGCCACUUGCCUUGGAAUUGUUCCAAAUAGCAGGACUCAAGUGUAUUAUCGUGAAGAAAAAGAAGUAAAGAAUCAGCAAAAUAGUGACCGCUGUUGCCUUCCAAAACUAGCCUACCGAGGUACUUCAAGUCAUUAACGACUAUUAUGAUCAAAUUUCAUGUAUUGAGCAUUGGCAUUGGAAACCAGGAUAUCGGAUUCUCUUUUAAAACUAGACCUUGCCAGUUUUAAAUUGGAUACUUGUGCAGAUCAUCAGUAUCUGAUCAGGCCAAGUAAAAUAGCGUGCAAUAUUGACCAGAUGUUGCCCCAUUGAGAUAACAAGAAAGGGAAAAUUCAAGGGGAAUAUUUUUGAAAUAGAAAACGCUAUACUGUAUUUAAAGAGCCUUUAAGUGAUAUCUGCACUGCUGUAAAACCUUAGCUCAGACAAUUCGUCGCACUAUUGUGAAUUCGAAGGCAUCUCAAUACAUUAUUAUUUUUUUUUUUGCGAUUUUGGCCAGAAUACUGUCAUGCAAAAUAUCAGUUUGCCCGCUGAGCACGCUUUUCUUGUCCGUGUAAUUUACCAGCAGGAAGUAAACGAUUAUUUUGAUCAAAUUUCGUAUAAUUAGCAUUGAUAUUCGAAACCAGGAUAUCGUAUUGAUCACGUAUUUAUUUAUUUAUUUCAGUCUUCACGAUGACCCACGAGGUAAUGCCGGAACAGGGCUUCUGAUCAGUUGACAGCUAACGGAAAUUGAAGCAAAAUUUCUCAAAGAAACUGAAAGGAAUUUGUCAGUAGAAACAGAAAGGUAGUUGUACCAUCCUUGAACUCUGAAUUAGUUCUGAACCGCAUUUCAGUUCCGCCAUCACGAAAGGCUAUACAUUUCACCGUUUCACAAUUGGAGGAGAAAGCGGAGCACUUGCCAUUCUGUAGAUGAACAGGGAGGCGGUCCAUUUUGUAAAUGAAUGUCGAGAUCUCGCGAUAAGUGAGUAAGUGUUAUCUGCACUGUUGUAAAACCUCAACUCAGACAAUUCGUCGCACUAUUGUGAAUUUAAACGUAUCUCAAUACAUAUUUUGCGAUUUUGGUCAGAAUCCUGUCAUGCAAAAUAUCAGUUUGCCCGCUGAGCACGCUCUUCUUGCCCCUGUAAUUUACCAGCAGGAAGUAAACGAUUAUUCUGAUCAAAUUUCGUAUAUUUAGCAUUGACAUUCGACAGGAUAUCGUAUUCAUCUAGUUUUCGUUAUAUACUGCAGGUAGAUUUUGUUGUUUCCAUACAAUCUUUCAUCGACGUAAAAUGAGUAGCAGUACCCUGUUGGAAGUGUUUGGUCAAAUCGUGUUCCGCUUCACGCGUGGCGUAACGGAGCAUUACAAUCCAGAAGAACCUGAAUUCACGAUGGAGUCAUUUGGUUACGAUCCUCUGCAAAGCACUGGGCGAGAGUGGUAUUAUCUUCCUAUUGAUGAGCUCAUUUACCAAGAGUACAGCGACAAAGAAGUCACAAGUUCGGCCUUUUUACCGUCGAGAAGGAUAAUUACAAGGCUUAUAAACGCUUGCUCUCCGGUGGAAAAUGAAGAAACUGCAGCAGACCAGGAAGAUGAGGAUAGCGCCAUGGCCUGGAAGCGGCUUCGACCGUCUUUUUUGCAAACAGUUUGUAAAUCCUUGUACAUUGGAGCUUUGAUCACUUUUCUAGCUGCUAUAAUCAUUGGUAUAUUUUUCCUGCUGAUUGUUUACCUCUGUUUUAAAACUAUCCUCAAUUGUGCACAUUACCCAAGCAAACUAAUCCCAGUCCCUGUCCAAUGGACGAGAACAAUUUCUGAUGCGAUUUCGGUCGUUUUCUACUACAUCUGGCUUUUUGUCAAUCUGUCGUUUCUUUUCCGUUCCUAUCAGCUAAAAGGACUAAAGAAAAAACUGAUGUUAGUUUCCUUAUCAAUGUAUUGUUUGGACACACUUUACCGUGUUGUCUUGCAAGUUAUGGGGAUGCCCUAUUACUUGGCGCCUGUUAUAUACCAAAUCCCAAUUUAUACCUGUCUCUUCACCAGUAUAUGUUUACAGCUCUUCCUUGUCGUGAGACUCUUGUGCGUGCGAUCAAGAAAGCAACGCCUAACUUUCAUGUGUAAAAUGACGACACCGACCUUUCUGAUGAUGAUUACUAGUGUUUUAAUAUCCGAUUACCUUUAUGCAGCGUAUCUCAAACAAAACAACAAAGGAAGACUGGCCAUUGCUCUGUUCGCUCCUCUUUCUGGGCUCGCUUUAAAAAUAGUAUCACGAAUUUGUGCUCAGCGGUUGUGGAAUAUUACCCAUCCGGGAUAUUCGUAUGUGCUUUUGGCACCUUGCUAUUACGGGACUGCCAUUAUUUUUCGAAUUUUGCAAGCUGAUCUUGACAGUUUGAAAUCCAUUGCUAUUCUUGGUAUAAUUCACGGCGCGGCCGAAGUCGUGGAGCGAAGUGCCAUGGUUGUGAUUGAUCAUAUUUGUCAUGUGGUGUGCAAGAGAGAGUCAGCUCCUUGGGGACAUUUUCGUACUCCUCGACGAGAAAGACUAAUGGCUGAUAUCGCUAUCAUGAGCAUGUUGUCCGAGUCUACUGCUAUAGUGUCAGUUAAUGGAUUCAUAUACUUGUAUCAAUUUAUCUACUUGGAAAACAGCUCCCUUUUAGAGUUGCUUCAGCCUUUUGCUGUUCACACUUCAGUUCAGCUGGUGAUCGAGUGGUUUUUCACUAGCGUGUCUCUUGCUAUCGAGGCUCGUUACCAGAACAUGGCAGUAAUGGCUGUCUGGAGACGAAGAUGGAAAAGACAUGUCUUGGUAGCGUUUUACAAUACACUACCUUUAGCUGUAUGGAAUAGCUCUUGCCUGUUGAUGCUUUUAAGGGCUCGCUUUGGCUUAAACAUUAACAAGCGCUGCAAUAUGCCGUUUACUUGAGAGUUGGGCGUGGCCUGUCGACUCUACUUUCUUUAGCCAUGUUUCUCAGAUUUGUAUAUUCAUGUAUGUUCUUAUCAGUUUCUAAACAGUAUAACGAACAUUAUGUCAACGGAUUUUGUCAAAAUUGUUAUUUUUUUUCUGCGUAGUCGCCGAUACAAUAUUAGACUGCGAGUAGUCCAUCUUUCGCUUAGUCCAUCGUGCGUGACGCCAAAGAAAACCGCGAGAGAAAACAAAAAUAGCCGCGCUGAAAGAGAGAUCUACUCGUAGUCUAAUACAAUAUUCCGCAAAUAAACAGGGAAGUAACUUAAGUUUUUGGGACGCAGAGCCUUGUAUUUACUGGAAACUACACAGCGUUUUAGUAUGACGGCUGCCAUGUUUACGUUACCAAACAAUUUUCCCUCCUUCAGGAUAGAGGUGUAAGAGAGGCCAUUUAUAUCUGAAACUCUAAGUCGUUCCCCAAUGCAGACGGGGUAAGAUGGAAAGAGGUAUUUGUGUGGAACCGUCGUUUUGCAAGAUGAAUACGGUGGAAAACUGGCGCCGAGAUUAUUCCGCGAACACUGAGCAAAAUGAACAAGUCGACAGAUUUGGACGAAAGCUCUAUUUUUAAGAAAUGUCUCUUCUGACAUAUUUCCAACUUAAUAAAUAUCACGUUUUUUAAGUUUACGACGAAGUGGAAACAAAUAAAUUAGUUAAAAGGAGCUUCAAUCAUUCCGAAAAUACCGUUACAUCACCAAUUCAAACAGAGAUGUUGAUCUUUCUCUUCUUCAUGCCCGCCUUGAAAACAUCUUUGACUUCUUGGCCUCGCUGUCUUAUUCCUUUCGAUUGACUCUCAUUCAAAUUUCGGAAUCAUUGAACCCCAACGUUUACCCAUACACCCUGCUAGAAAGCCUGUUCACAGGCUCGUGUGUGCAUGUAUACAUUAAGAUCAUGUAAACGCGUUUGUAGUCCAUGUUUUGAGACGCUUCUAUGUUCAUUGGAAACGUCGCAAAGUAUGUUUAACAGAUUACCAGGCCCUUGGGCGUAAUAAGAGUGACUUUCCAGGAGCGAAACCACUUGUAGAUUAGGGCUUAACAGGAGCUUGAACCACUCGAACGCACAUUGUAAUUCAAAGAAACCAGGUCACAGUAAAAUCAAUCGUUAGCGUUUAUUGGGAAGGAGCGAUGAAUCAUCAAUAU